AAGUGUAGUUAUUUGAAUUUUGAAUCUUUUCUGCAAUGCCGAUUUCUAACCAAGAAGCAUUUAAUAUGCUGGCGAUAUAUUUUGAGUGUUUGCAAAAUGCGACCAUCGCUGCCCGCGCCUUCUAUUUGCGCUAUCCGAAUCGACCACGAUACCAUCGCCGCGUGUUUGUGCGUUUGGCCCAACGCCUGUUAACAACAGGUAGCAUCCAUAGACCUGCCAUGAUUAGAAAUAGGCAAAAUAACGAACAAAAUGUAGUUAAUGUCCUGGCAUCUGUAGAAAUCAAUCCCCAAAUUAGUACUAGAGAGAUUUCUCGAGACUUGGGUAUUCCUCAAAGUACGGUUCACCGCAUUCUUCGAACCCAUAGGCUACAUCCCUACCAUAUCAACUUACACCAAGCCCUUUCUCCUCCGGAUUUCGACCAAAGGCUAGAUUUUUGCCACUGGCUAUUAAGCAUGAUAGCAGAAAAUCCUCAAUUUCUUUCAACUGUGUUGCGGACUGACGAAGCCACCUUCAAUAGCAAUGGGCACUUAAACUUACAUAAUAUGCACUUUUGGGCCCGAAAUAAUCCGCGCUGGCUUGGACAAGUUCAGCAUCAAGGGAGAUAUAGUGUAAAUGUUUGGUGUGGGAUAAUUGGAGGGCGGGUUGUUGGUCCAUAUAUUUUGGACGGCGCAUUAAAUGGUCUAACAUACCUACAUUUCUUAGAAAAUGUUCUUCCAAUUUUAAUGGAAGAUAUUGCGCUGAACGUCCGCCAAAAUAUGUUUUUCCAGCAUGAUGGUUGCCCCGCCCAUUAUGCUCUUGCUGUUCGCCAGUAUUUAGAUGCCACCUUCCCUGACCGUUGGAUCGAAAGAGGAAGCCUAUUCCCUUGGGCGCCAAGGCAAGUAUUUAACACAAGAAUCUUUAGACGUUGCCUAUUUGGAAUGAUUCUGUUUAUAAUUGCACACGUAUUAAAACUUAAUGAAUAUUUCUAGGUCUCCCGAUUUAACCUGCCUUGAUUUUUAUCUCUGGGGAAGGAUUAAGGAUAUAGUCUACGCAACAAGGCCAACUUCCCGCGAGGAUAUGAUUGCAAGAAUUAGGAAUGCCAUCUUAAAUAUCCCAAUAGCUGAAAUUGAAACUGCUGUUUCUUCAACUCAUCAGCGUCUUCAGAUGUGCGUCCAAAAUGACGGAGGCCAUUUUGAACACCUGGGUCGCCAUUAGAUCACUUUCUUGUUCCUUUUAUGUUUCAUUUGUUUCAUUUU